AUGCGCGUGGAAGGCGAUUCCUCGAACAUCAUGAAACCACAGACCCUCGAGCUGUCGGCGGCUGCCGUCGGUGGCCGGACGGCAACCGGCUCGAGUUCGAUUGUACAAAGUAGCCCUAGCGUAGGCAUAAGCGGGCCCAGCAACGGUGGCGGGAUGUCUAGCAGCAGCGGAAGUAGUACUACAACUCCGACACACACGGCCAACGGUCCCGGCCCUUCGGUUACAGUCAGCAGCAGCAGCGGCAACAACAGUCCGAGUUGCUUCAUCAAACCUUCGCUCUCGCUCAACUCACUGCCCCCACAAGGACCGCCGGAGGGUUCGGAAAUGGCCCAGCACCGGCUACGUAUCGAUCGUCCGUACAACAGUUUGAAGAAAAAACGUGACACGGAGCGUGAGCUAUGGCGCCGGUCGUGGGGCAGUGGCCACAGUCACAGCUCGUGCAGCCUGCAGAGCAGCACGACCAACACCGGGCUCGGCAAGGACGACUUCUGGGCUGCGCUGCAGACGAACUACAACUUCAUCAUGGACACCAACCUGCUCGACAGCUGUCGGGAGGCCAGAGGGGAAAUCGAAGGCCCCAUCUGCCGGAACGAUCCGGAGGGGGAUGUGAACUGCUGUCGGAAGGCCCUGUUCAAACCAAUCCAAACGCACCGCUUCUACGGCGAUCCGCGCUUGCUGCGCCAGUGGAUCAGGGAGAUGGAGAACCGGGUGGCCAGAGUGCCGUCGGUGACGGAAACCAAGAGACUGAGCAUCGAGCAGCUACAGAAGCUGGCAGUGGAUCACGGGGAAGUUUAUCGUGAAAUCAAAUCCAACUCCCGGGCAGUAGCAGCUUGCAUUCGUAGCUUCGAACGUGACCGAAAGACUGCAUCCGGUAAGCUCGGCGCACCGGAAGCCGAGUCAGGAGCAGGAGGAUCAGCGCUCGCAAGCAGCAACACCAGUGGCCAUAAUAGUAGUGUAGGACUAGUUAAGGAGAGCAACGGUGGUGGUGGUGUGAAGGGUCUAGAACGACGCUAUCAUUUGCUGUACUUGAAGGCGUUCGAGAUACAGUGUCUGCUCGAAGGACUGCUCGACAGCAAGACUUCGAGCUCCGACAACAACGCUAGCCUGUCGGACACGGAUGAGGAGCCGGCAAGCAAGCUAGCCCGUGUCAGCAGCUCAAGCACCAAAUCCCAGAGUUCGCUUCACAACGAAACGCUGACCAAUGAAGAAUGGGUUAAAAUAAAGAAGCUCUCCAACGCCGGGUUCGAUGCCGAUUCUGAGGGCAGCGACAGUGAAAUUGUGCCGAAAAUUAUCCCCUUCACUGGUUCAGCGGUGACCAACGGGAACGCAUACGGAAGUAGUAGCGGCAGUAGUACUAGCAAACAACAGCUGCCGCAGCAGCAGCAGCAGCAGCAAGAUACGCCAGAGCAGACGGGCACCGGUCCCGUGGCAGGAUCAACGUCAGGAGCACCGUCGGGUAACCCUAGAAUGGAAGCAGACAUUAGCAAUCUAUCGACAGCCACGAUCACUUCGGACGCUACCACACUGACCUCCACCGCACAGGAAGCUUUGUUGAAGGAAAACAUUCUCAACAACAAUCACUGCGCCGCCGCUGGUGAGGACCAGGUUGAUGGGUGUGACUUGGUGGACGGUGUGCUGGACACGGUGAACAACAAUAUCAGCGGCAGCGGCCGCAGUGCCAAUGAUGAGUCCCUACAAAGCGCCUCACCCAUCAUCGAACUCACACCGCAGCUGAAAUCGUCCUCCCCGAUCGGUUCGCACAAGAGUUCGCACGCGACCAAGGGAAAGCCGAAACGCUCGAAAGUGAGCGAUUCGUCCAAGUUUAACCGCUCGAACCGGAAGUCGAAGAACUGUGCCAUCUUCUACUUCAAGCACCUGGACACGGACUCGGAGCUGAACAAGGAAUCGAGCGAACGGACCAAAUCGGACGAGUCGUCUUCCGGUGGCUCGGCCUCAUCGCCGUCCGCGUCCUCGUCCGAAGGGGACGACGAGUGGGUUUACAACAAUGGUGGUGGCGCAGAAGGUGACCAGAAUGGGAAUGGCACGCUGAGCAAGAGUAAAGCUGGCGAAGAAGAGGAAGACGAAAAGGAGAACCAACCGGAUGCAGCACGGCACGGCCGUAACGGCAAGCCGGAGGACGUAUCACACCCCGAACAACCCACGAUGACUGCCGGUGGCCGGGAGCUAAAGUCGAAGAAGUGCCUUGACUUUGGCCGGGAAUCUGCCACGAAACGCGACGGAACGGUGCCGAUUCGCAAUGGACGGUCACUGAUGAUGACAUCGAUCGGCAGUUUUGGCAAGAGCUCGGAGGGCAAGAAGGCAGCUGGCAAGCAGCAACCCUCGCAGUAUGCGACCAGCUCGAUUCAAAGGUUAGUGCUGCAUGCCGAGACGCUGGUGCGUGACGAAAUUUUGGCCAAAAGUGCGGCCGCCAAAGCUGCAGCCGCUGCCGCCGUCGCCGGGUGCACGCCGAAAACGGUGGUAAAAAACCCGCACUACUACAACCACCAUCACCAUCAUCAUCAUCACAACUACACCACGAACAACAGCAACAGCAGUAACAAUAGCAACACCAGCGCCAGCCAUCAGCAGCAUCAGCAGCCGCCGCCAUCGCCGCCGCAGUCACAGGCACCGCAGCUGGCCGGAGCGUUACCACAGUCGUUAGUGCUGCUGUCGGGGACGGUUCCGGGUAUGGGUCCUAUUGCCCCGCGUGAGCUUCACACACGACGUACCGCGGCGCAAAACCAUCAUCAUCACCACCAUCACCAUCAUCACGGUCACGGUCGAAAGGCGGAGAAAGCGAUGAGCAACCUGAAGAUGAAUCUGAUCGAGGAAUGGCUCGAGAAGCAACCGCUCGAUGCACCGGUGUCGGCCCCUCUGCUACCCACGUCCGCUCCGACCACCGAUUGCGAGGCGUCCGGCGAGUACACGGAUUCGGACUCGAUCGCACGCGACACGGACAGCUCGGAGGGGUUGGCCAAUUCGGUGGCCACCUGUCUGCAGGGUGGCGAGGGUGCCACCCAAACAUCGCAAGAGCUACUGAACGAUGGCGCAACGUCGUAUCCGUCGGAGAACUCGAACGAAGUGUCGAACGACGAUGAAGGUGGCUCACGACCGCGACCAACCGGCGGUGGUAAAGUGACCAACAGUGGCCUGAUGAGCACCUCGCUUCCGACGAUGAUGCGUAAUGAGCCGGUGAAUGGUGGUGCUGGUGGAGGCGCCACCGCCGUUACGACGGUCGUGAAACGCCGACCCCACAGGUCAGCGGCCGAUCGACCGUGGUCGGUGUCGUGCAUGUCGCAACUGAACGCCUCGUCCGUGGAGAUCAAUCAGUACGGGGACAGUGCGGGCGGUAGCGGUGGUGUUUGUGCUACCGACAGCGGUGGAAGUGGAGAGCUACCGAAUCGUGCCGGUGGUGGCGGUGAUCAUGCAAACGCUGGCGGCGCUGGUGGUGGUGUCGGUGCUCAGUCAGGUCCAACGGGCGGCGGUCACCCGCUGAAGGAGCGCAACUUCUCCAUCAGCGAAUCCGCGCUGCACACCAUGUCGAGAGGGGGUAGCGGCGGCUCGAUGGGAGGUAGCCGCAGCGGCAGCAUGAAACCGACCUCCAGUCAGCAAACUGUCGUCCGCAACUCCGAAAGCAAGGGUUCGCUGAAGAAGCGCAAGUUGCGGCCACGUCGUAAGAAUCGUAUCGAUGAGUCCGGUUCGGAUGAGUCUCAGCCACCGGCGCACAGCCCUUCGACGUUACAUCUUCUGCAGCAAUCGCUGCUACUGCACUGUCAACAGUACAACGCCCUAACCGGCCAAGGUGGUGGCCAGCAGCCGCUGCGCGAGAUUCAGCUCUCCGGCACCGACGGUAGCAACAGUAGCCUGGCCGGGCUCGGUAACCGACGGUUGCUCAAAUCGCUAUCCUUCUCCGGUCGGCUGCGCCUCUCGGACGAUCUGCUCACCCUGUCGUCGCUUUCCGGUUCCUCGUCACGCAAAUCGUCCUCGGUUCGGCCAUCCGGUGGUGCUGGUACCGAGCGACGGUCGACGAAGAAAUCGCAGGACAGCGAGGAAGAGUUCGGUGGCUGCCCGAUGGCGAAGCCCGAGUUUCGCAUCGGUUCGCUAACGCGAACCCGGUGCGGAAGCCUCAAUCUAGGAUCAUUAGCGGCGCUCGCUAAUUAUAAUCUAGAUGGUGUGGAGAAGGGCCCGGAAACCGACCUGAACGGUACCGGCACCGGUACGGAGGAGAUGAGCAGCUUCUCGGAGCAGGCGUGGGACAACUACCAGGAGAAGUACAUGUCCGAGCCGUACUCGGAGGACCGGGACACGGACGCCGCCCGGCGGUUGCUCGACUUUGGCGACGAUUACCGCAACUUUAUCGACUCACAGUCGGACUGCGCGUCAUCGUCGCUGUCGGCGGCGAACAUGGACUCGCUGUCACCGCCACGGUUCCGCAACAAGGCGGAAUCGUUGAACAAAUCGGACACGAACACCAAUUCGCUGAACCGCCGGAAGCGGCUCGAUGAGUACCGGAUGGACGAUCGUUACGGCAACAACAUGAACUCGUGGUCAAGCAAAUCGGGCAGUCCACCACAUUCAACGGUCAACGGGGGCGCUCGGAAGCAUGGGGCCCUGUCAUUCCUGGACUCAACGCCGCUGGCAACGAUGCUGGAGACCAGUGCCGGGGCAAGUGCAGUUGGGGCGGGCAGCAGCGCCGGUGGCGGUAGUGGCCGGCGUCGUUCACUGCGGUCGGUCGACAAGCAUAACGCGGCCUUCGUGCGCUCGGUUUCACACGAAACGAGCAGCAGCUCGAACAACGAGUUCGACGAGGACAUGGAGGCCGAAGUGAAGAAGCUGCUGAUCCAGAGUAAGCUCCGCUUCGCCAACACCGAAGCGCUCAAGGCCAAGUGCCACCUGCUGAAGCCGGACGACUACAGUGAAAUUAUCAGCACGUGCCGAGAAAACGUCCGCUGUCUGGAGUCGGUGCUACGCUGCCAACCGGGAACGGUGCUGACCGCCGCCAAGUGCCAAGAUUUACGAGAUACGAUCGUCUGCUGGGAGGGAUUGCUGAGCUGGAGCGAGCGGCGGGUCAUCACCAGCCAGUUCCUGGCCGACGUGCAGCUGCUAAAGGAUGUGAUCGGAGCGCUCGGCAGCAAAACGUUCAACAUCUGCUCGGAGUCGCACAUUCAGCUGGCGAUCGAUGGAUUGAAGAAUGAACACAAAGUGCUGCAAAACCAGCGCCCGAAGAUGCUGACCCUGAACGCGACCGUCCACAAUUGGGUCUCGAACCAGGAGCUGCAGCGAAAGGAACUGCUCGAUCCGACGGUCGGCGAGCGGUUGGAGCUGCUGGAACGCGACAAGAACUUUGUCCGCUGUAUCGGUGGCCAGUGUGGUGCGUGCUACGAUUGCCUGAACGAUAUCCGCCAGGAUACGGCCGUCAACCGGGAGCUCAAGGAUAGCAUCACGGCCCUGUACGGCGCCUGGGACGAGGCAGAAGUGCGAAUAAGGAACCGCAUCGAAAAUCUGACCACCUCAAUGAUGACCUGGAAGCAGCUUGAGGACGGUUUGAUCGAUUUUCGUGACACUCUGGACCGGGAUCGCGGUAAGCUUCAAGGAAUUGAAGGUGCCCUCCAGAGUGGCAGCGGUCCGAGCGAGGAGAUUGUGAACAGCGUGAAGGAAGUGGUGAAAGCGCUCUCGGAGAAGGUGGAUCCGCUUUUUCAUGAGCCACAGCAACCGAACGGAGCCGACGAACCGGGGCAACCGUUGGAAGAAGAAGCUGGGAACGUCGAAAACGGAGAGAUGCUGGCGGGGGUACUGCCGGCAGCUGUUAAGCUCUCGUCCAAUGGUUCUCUGUCUGAUAGUGGCAUUUCCGAUGGCGGUGGCAUAUCUGAUGGGAGCCUUUCGGAGCGCGAACGACGCCUAAGUGCCCUGAAGCGGUUGGUGAAACAGCUCGAGGUGUCGCUCGCUCCCGGCAGUGAGGCCAUGCAGACGAUAACCAAGCGGCUCGAGAUGGCCGAACACGAUCUGCGUUCGCUGCAGAGUACCUGCCGGAAGAUUAUCAUGAGUGAAAAGAAUCAUCAGGAUCAGCAGCAGCAGCAGCAACAACAGAACGGCCGAUCGGCCGCUGUAGCCUCUGGCAAGGAUGUGGCCGAUGGAAAUAACAAUAACAAUAGUGCAUCAGUAAAGAACAAAAACAGGAAAUCACCAUCACGUAAAAAGAAUCGCAACAACGCAUCGCAGGGAAAUUCUUCCGCCGAAGCAACCGAGAACGAGGACGACGAGCAGGCGCUCCAGCAGCUGCAGCAGGAGCAGGAAGCCCAGGAGGAACUGCAGAGGCAACAUUUGCUCGCGAUGCAACAAUCCACAACCCAGUUGGGCAUUGUGCAGACGACGAAAAUGAAGCUGUCGCAGAACCGCUGGGUCUGGCGCAUCACCAAGAUUGCGGUUCCGGUCCAGCUGGCCCUGGUACUGGUCAUGUGUGCCGCCUGCUUCUUCGAGCCGCACUGCUGCGAUGCGCUCAACACGUACUCGAUGAGCUUCACGCCCCAGUUGCGAUACCUGAAGGGGCCACCACCGAUCUAGGAAGUGGGAGAGAUAGUGGAAGAGGUUGACCACCGUGUACCACCAUCGAAGGGCAUUCGCGUGCGGCCACUGCUGGUCGGACGCGAGUGCUUGUGGUUCAUUUUAACCCAUUUUUUUUGGAUAGAUUUUUAUAUCCUGGAGAUAUAUAAUGGUUAGAUAGUCGAUACAACGUAAAGUAGUAUCAACUCGCCACAUACGUCGUUGUUAAGAAAACUUAAUCUAUAUCAUAUUGUCUUCUCCUGCCUUCCCUUUCCUUCUGCAAUGUUGUUCCUACGUUCAUUAUCUCGUCAGUUGCCAGAUCUAGUUCUACGUACGUCGUAACGCUUGCAAUAUUCUUUAUCUACUAAUUCGCGCCUUGCGGAGCGGUUCUAACAGAUCUUUAAUAUGUAUUUUUUAAUGUUUAAAUUUACACCGAGUAGAAGCGCUCAUCGAUCGCGAUCGAAUCGUUUGAUGAGUUGUUAUGUAGGUGUAAGUUGCAGGCGAAUCAAAAGAUGCAAUUUUUUCUGGCUAUCUGGCUACUAUCUAUUUUCUACUUUAUUACUACCAUUCAGUUUAAUAGAUCUACCACCUUCAAAAGAUUUGGCUUCUUGAAGUGUUUAUAUUAUCAAAAUUACAAGAAAACUAGUUAACAUUCUAACAAACUCCUAACAUCAUCGACUAAGCGUAAGCGUUUACAGUGCCUUUAACCAUUCAUACACAUGCAGCAGUCGCGGGUGAUGACAUUCGAACAAACGCUGCACAACUUAAUACACCAUUUUCUCGCAAAGUGCCGCAAUAGCUAAGAAGUAACGUAUAAAUAUGUAACGGGCCCAAAAGAAAAGAAAUCGAAGAUACUGCCAACAUUGAGGAUCGCUCCGCGUCGCUCGAAGUAUUUGCCCUUCGUUAGUAUUCCACGAAAAGUCCCUUUGGUUCCGCGCUCGAAUGUGCAUAACUAAAAUCUGGUUAGUUUUUGGUUGGAUUUGGUUGUACAGCAUCGUGUGUAAAAAGUGGCUUACGUCUAACACUUCCAUUUUGCCCAGAUAACAGAGCAUAGCUGUUCUUGGAAUAAUUAUUGUAAAAUUGUAACAAAACCUUCCAGUUUCGUUCGUUCCAUUUGCCGCUGGCAGUCACUUUUAUUCUACACCUGCCGUUGGCCCAUUCCUUCAUGCACACUUCUUAACCGGGCAGCCCGAUCCAAUCGGACCAUGAUCGUAAUCGUAAGGAGAUACUGCCGGCGCGCUACUUCCGCCAUUCGGCACACUUCCGCUCGCGGAGUCUACUAUGUUUGCCUCCCGGGGCGCAACCGAAGCGUGCGCCACUGUGCGCAAGCAAUGACCACAAAACAAACAACUUACCGCAAAUGAAUAAUUGUAUUUUUAUUCUCUACUUAGACGACAACGGUGAACGCCGUAGACGCAAUAAGAGAAACGCCUAGAGAUAAGUGCAAAAACGGAGGAGCGGAAAAUGGAAAAGAAUAAAUAUUUUUUAUCUUUCUU